AGGGCGCAUGCGCGGUGGUGGUGUUGGAGGUUGAGGAUAGUCGGGCUGUGUGUAACCGGAGCGACUCCGCGGACUGUGCGGCUCAAACCCCGCGGUUUACCCGCCGUUACCGGACUGAUCGGGCAGGAUGGCGUCCGACGGGCAGAACUCCAGCUCCAGGGCCAUCAUGACGUUCCGGCCCACCAUGGAGGAGUUCAGGAACUUCAGCCGCUACAUGGCUUAUAUAGAGUCUCAAGGAGCUCAUAAAGCCGGCCUGGCCAAGAUCAUCCCUCCGAAAGAGUGGAGCCCCACAGCUUCCUAUCGUGAUAUUGAUGACCUGGUGAUCCCUGCCCCCAUUCAGCAGGUGGUGACGGGCCAGUCCGGCCUCUUCACCCAGUACAACAUCCAGAAGAAAGCCAUGACCGUCAGAGAGUUCCGCAAAACCGCCAACAGCGACAAGUUCUGCAGUCCUCGAUAUGAUGAUUUUGAGGAGCUGGAGAGAAAAUACUGGAAGAACGUCACUUUUAAUCCUCCCAUCUACGGCGCUGAUGUGAACGGGACACUGUACGACCCAGAUGUAGAUGAAUGGAACAUUGGCCACCUGAACACCAUCCUGGACACGGUGGAGAACGAGAGUGGCAUCACCAUAGAGGGCGUGACCACCCCGUACCUGUACUUCGGCAUGUGGAAGACCACCUUCGCCUGGCACACUGAGGAUAUGGACCUCUACAGCAUCAACUACCUCCACUUUGGAGAACCCAAGUCCUGGUAUUGUGUGCGCCCUGAACAUGGGAAAAGAUUGGAACGCCUGGCCAAAGGAUUUUUUCCUGGAAGUUCUCAAAACUGUGAAGCUUUUCUUCGACACAAGAUGACCCUCAUAUCCCCCUCCAUUCUGAAGAAGUACGGCAUUCCGUUUGAGAAGAUCACUCAGGAGGCGGGAGAGUUUAUGAUUACGUUCCCGUACGGAUACCACGCCGGCUUUAAUCACGGAUUUAACUGCGCCGAGUCCACCAACUUCGCCACGCGUCGGUGGAUCGAUUACGGAAAACAAGCCAUACUGUGUUCGUGUAGGAAGGACAUGGUGAAGAUCUCGAUGGACGUGUUCGUGAGGAAGUAUCAGCCAGAGCGUUAUGAUCUGUGGCUGGCAGGAAAAGACAACGCACCCAUCGACCACUCAAAACCCACCCCCGAGGCAGCCGAGUUCAUGGGGGGUAAAGCCGGGGAGUUCGGCCCCCAGGAGCCGGAGCUCCAGAGGAACGAGCAACAUAAGAAAAGCGGCGUGGCUAAGCAGCGAAUCGGAACGAAGCGACACCGUGUGUGUUUAGAGGUUCCUGAGGACGUUCUUCCUCCUGAUGAAGAGGUGGAUUAUGGGAAAAAGGGCCGACUAUCUCAGCGGGCAGGACUCUGCAGAGAAGAUACAGAUUGUCGUCACCAGUCGUCUCUGAAAACUCCAGAUGGCAUCUGUUCUCAGGCUCUCAGGAAGAACCCCCUCUCCAUCGCAGCGGUGCCCACCGCCCUGCACUGCAUCUCUGCCCUGCCCUGGACCUCCUCCAAGCCAGGGGUGGCCAGCCUGCUGUUCCACAGGACGCUGAGCCCCUCCGACGCUCUGCAGGUCCACAGCUACGCCGCCAAGAUGACCGUCUGUACGCCUCAGACCCCCAGAGUAGAGGACCUGAAACGCGAGCCGGAACCAGACACCGGACCGGACCACCUCAAACCCGGCGUAGAGACACAAACACCAGACCUGGACCAGUUGGAGAUUAGCAGCGCUGAUAAGGAGAACCUGAGUAUGAAGAGGAAGCUGCAGCCCGUCAGUACCGUCCUCCCGCUGCACCCUCUGCUAAAAGAAAGCUCCAGUGAUGAAGAGCUACAGGAGGAGCAUGAGGAACUGCUGGAGCUGGAGGAGGUGGAGGAGGAGCUCGAGGAGCUAGAGGAGGUGGAUGAGGUGGGAGUGGACUCUCAGGAGUCGGACCCCUGGGCUCGGCUGCUGGCCCCGGUUUGGCAGGACAGGCCGCGGAGCUUCAAGGCUGAGAGGGAUUUUAACCGGCGGAUGGGUCUGCAGCCCCCGUACUGCGCCGUGUGCAGCCUGUUCCAUACAUACGAACCGAGUGAGCUGGUCAGUCUGACGCAGGGCAGCGCAGCGUCUGAGGAGCAGCUGAAGACGAAGCCGUUAAUCCCGGAGAUGUGCUUCACCACCAGCUCAGAGGGGUCGCUCUCCACCCCGCACCUGGAGCCAGACGGAACCAGCCGGCUGGUCAGCUGCUCCAAAUGCAGCGUUCGUGUUCACACCAGUUGUUACGGGGUGCCCAGGGACACCAACUUAGAAGGUUGGCGGUGUGCACGCUGUGAGGCUAACGCUAUUACUCAGGAUUGCUGUUUAUGUUUUUUAAGAGGAGGAGCCCUGCAGAGAACCAGCGAUAAUCAGUGGGUACAUGUAAUGUGUGCAGUAGCAGUUUUGGAGGUGAGGUUUGUGAACAUCGCUGAUCGAAGACCAGUUGAUCUCAAUGGGAUUCCACUGCCCAGAUUCAAACUGAAGUGUCAGUACUGCAGGAAGAGGAUGAAGAAGGCGUCGGGAUGCUGUGUUCAGUGUUCGUACGGACGGUGCUCGUCUUCGUUUCACGCUACUUGUGCUCAGGCUGCAGGUGUGCACAUGCACCCGGACGACUGGCCCUUCUCCGUCUUCUUCACCUGCUGGAGACACAAAGGAGGGACACACGCUGAGCGGAACACGGCGUCUCUGCAGGGUCUGGACGAGGGACAGAGGGUCAUCUGUAAACACAAAAACGGCCGGUACUACCAGUGCGAGGUGGCCGAGCUCACCAAGGCCACCUUCUACGAGGUUGUGUUCGACGACGGCUCCUUCAGCGACAACCUCUUCCCAGAAGACAUCGUGAACAGAGAUUGUUUAAAGCUGGGUCCGCCUGCAGAGGGCGAUGUGGUGCAGGUACGCUGGACAGACGGACUGAUCUAUGGCGGGAAGUUUGUCGCUUCUCACGUCAUUCCCAUGUAUCUGGUGGAGUUUGAGGACGAGUCUCAGCUGACGGUGAAGAGGGAGGACGUCUACUGUCUGGACGAGGAGCUUCCCAAACGUGUUAAAGCACGACUGUCGGUGGCGUCAGACAUGCGCUUCAAAGGCGUCUUCGUGGAGAAGGAGGUGAAGGAGGACUCCAAACGACAGCGAGUCGUCAACUCCCGAUACAGAGAGGACUAUAUCGAACCGUCCGUCUACAGAGCCAUCAUGGAGUGAUCUGUUCCUGCAGCCAGAACCCACCAAGAACCUCCUAGAACCAACCUAGAACCACCACAACCACAGCACCACAGGAACUGGAGCGCCGGAUAUUCAGGAUUUACCGUUUUAAGCACAGAAUAAUCUGAAUUAUAUUAUGUUGAGAGCCAAAACGAUGGUGCAGAACCUUUUUUAUCGUUCUAAAACUGAAGGAACCUGCAAAUCAUUCAUUAAUAUUCAUUAAUAGCCAUUAAAUUCUUCUUUAUUGCAAACAUUUUAGGCACCAGCUCAUGAGAUUGAGUUUUCUAAUUAUAUUACCGUAUUUUACGGACUAUAUGGCACACCAUCAAUGAAUGUCUAUUUUCUGGUCUAUUUUCAUACAUAAAGCUCACCAGAUUAUGGGGUACAUUUUAAGAGAUGCUAUAAAGAACUUCUAAUUCAGCAGGUCUCACCGCUGGGUGAUGGUGCGGGUUUGUGUUUAACUAAAGUUAAGUAAAGCUAAGCUAAUUAAACAAAACUGUAAUUCUAAAAAAAAAGAAAAGAAAAAAAAACGAGCGCUGGAUGUUAAUCUACACAGACUUCUCUUCUGAAAACACAGCACUAAGGCUGGAGCAUUAGAAUUAGCAUUAGCUGCUAGCCAUUAGCGGCUAAUGCCACCCAACAGCGCUACAAUGUUUUUAAACAUCAGCUUUGGUAAUUUAGCAUUUUUGCAGUUUGUUUUGUCGGUUCCUUCAGUUCUAGAAUAAAACUUUAACCUAAUGAAGAGCUUUGGGUUCCCAUUUAAAGAGCUGUGAAGAACUUUCUUUUAUGUUUUUUGAAGGUUAAAUUUCCUACAUUUGCAAUAGAGCCUUAAAAAUGUUACACAAUAUAGAGGUUCUUUAUUAUCCUAGAACCUCUUCAUCUAUUGAACCACUAGAGGGUUUUUUAAGGUUCCAAAACCAGGUUUUUUAACAUCAGCUUUGGUAAUUUUCUCAAAAAAAAAAAAAAAACUUCAACCCAAUUGAAGUUCUGAUGCUACAGAAAAACCUAGAAGAGUUUCAGGUUCCCAUUUAUUGAGCUUUAACCGUUUUUUGAAGGUUAAAUGUUCUUCAUUUGUGGUAAAACUUUAAAAACAUUUACAACAUUACAUUACAGAAUAAAGAGGUCCUUUAAUCGUAAACCAACUUUCCCAUUCCACCUUAAAUGAUGUGACAGCCAAAAGCGGCUUCUUUAUUUAAGGUGGAACCAGAAAUUUUAAAUUGAAAUAAAAGCUAAUCAAUGCUAAUUUCAGCUCCCCAUCAUAAAAAAAUUAAGAAAUGGACAAUAAUAACUAAUUUCUGCACCAUCACCUUCCCCCUUUUGCUGAAGAUAUAAAAAAUAUGAUAACAUUUAGAGAGCUUUAACCUUUUUUUGAAGGUUACAUUUUCUUAAUUUGCAAUUGAACCAUUUAAAACAUUGCAUUACAGGAUAAGGAGGUUCUUUAAUCCUAAUCCAGAAGGUUCUUCACACUCUUUAAAGUGGUUCUUCCAUGGUGUUCCUUAACUAAACCCUUUUAAAAGCUGGAUUUUAAAGCGUAAAGUUCUCUAAAAGCUGUCCUCAGGAGUUCAGACCGUGAGCGGCGAUGUCCUCGGCGGUCGGGUCACAGAUGGAACCCCCGUGAUGAAGCGUGAACUCUGGAGAACCGAGCCGACACAUGUUGUUGUUCUGGUGUUUGUGCAGAACCCAGCUGAGCGAUGCGCUGCUGGUUCUGGUCGUGGAUGUUGGUGUUUUUUAGGAUUACAGCUGUGCUUCAGGAUUGAAUAAUGAGAAUUCUGAGUUUUUAGGGCUGUAACGGUACUCAGUAUACAAAAAUCACGGUUCUGGACGAGUUUCUUAGAACCGAAGGAAAGUAUUUUUCGUAAAAAAAAAAAAAUCGCACUAUAAGGCACAUCAGAAUUGGGCACAUUUUAUGAGAAAACUAGUAACUAGAAAGUAGUAGUAGAAACACGAAUAUCAACAUGUUUUCCUUCUAAAUUCAGCAGCUGUAAAGCCAAGCUAAGUAAACAAAACUGUAAUCUUAAAAAAAUAAAAAAAAAAUCAGAAGUGACAGACAAGUUAAAUGAGUGCUGGAUGUUAAUCUACACAGAUUUCCCUCCUGAAAACUGUUUAUUUGGGUGAGUAAAGCAUUUACAGAUUUCAAUUAAAGCUGUAUAAGCAUUAGCAUUAGUAGCUUGUUUUAACAUGGUAAAUAAGCAGACUGCAGUUCGAUAUACUCACUUCUAACCAGUGAAAGAGCUAGCACUAAGCAUGGUUAGUGGCUAAUGCUAAUGCUGUUCCAGCAGUGAUAUCCGGAGUUAGCAGCAGACAACAGGCCGGUAAUACUCACCUCUGGAUGGCGAAAAAGCUAGCACUUAGCGUGGUUAGCGGCUAAUGCUAAUACUGCUUUAGAACUAAAAUGAAACUCCUGUAUAACUCUGAGUCUUGUAUGUUAUAGUGCGGAAAAUACAGUAUUUGAAAGUUGUUAAGUUAAACAGAGAAUAUAUUUUUACCUAAAGAGCUUAGCGCCCCCUUGUGGACGUCAGAAUGCAGCGUAUUGUGUGUGAACAUUGCAUAGAAUAUAGCGUCUACAUCAAAUGUUUCUUGUCUGACGACACGUUAUACGUGAUUUCAUUAGAUGGUACAAGCUAGAAAGUUGCCAGAAUAUCGUAAACACUUUAUUUUCACUUUUAUUUUCAUGCAUUUCACACUGCAGUCAGAAAACAUUGAAAGAUAAAGAAUAAAAAGUUUAAUGGGGGAAAUAAAUGUUAGUUUAGCUCCAUAUUCCACACUCAACAUCCUGAAAAGUGUUUGUGUAAGAGAUUUUUCUGAGGAACACUCAAAACAUCGCUAAAAGAAUCGCUAACAGGAUGGUUCGGCACAAGUGUUCGAAAAAAAAAAACAACAAAUUUGAGUAUUUUCCUUGUUAAAAAUGACGAUAAUCACUAUAUAUUUCAUGCUGUUUAAUGUGUAGUUUCAUUUCAGUUUUAUGUCUAUUUUCUUAAUAACAAGCUUUAAAACAUGAUUGGUAGUUCAUCUCAGUAGCUAGUUAGCUAGCUAACUUUCCCGUUCCACCUUAAAUGGUGCAACAGACAGCAGAAGCUGCUUCAUUUAAGAUGGAACGGAAAUUAAAAAAAUUUUUAAUUUAAAUAAAAGCUAAUAAUUGCUAAUUUUAGCUCCCUAUCGCAGAGGAAUUAAGAAAUGGACAUAAUAAUUAAUUUCUGCACCAUAACCUCCCCCCUUUCUGAAAACAUAUGAUAAAAUACGAUAAAAUUUGCACUAAAAUUAACUAGUUAACCAUCAUCUGUAUCACGCUCUUGAAGGGUUGUCCGAAUUCUUAGUUAUUUUAGGGGUUUAGGGUUUAGCAAACAUUUGCUAACCCUAGCUGAAGCUCAGUGCUUACCUGUUCAGGAGAAAAUGAGCAACUCGGCUCCGUCUUGUAGUCCUUCUGGGAUCUAAGCUCUCGAAGUCUGUAUUAAACGCAAUAUAUUCAGCUGCAUAAUAAAUUGUUUUAGAAUGCAGUUGAUGAAGUUAUGAUCAACGUAAAAAAUCCAUAUACAUCUCGUAAAGCUUCCUUAGCUUACAUAGGACAUAGGACAAAAGUCACGGGACAUAGGAAGUAGAAUACUAUUGUAAUGCUAGUACUGUUACACCCCUAUAACCAGACAGUGCUCAAUAGCUAAUUGCUAAGCUAAAAGAAAAAAAAAAAAACUUGGUUGGUGGGGUUUUGUAGCAGAUUUGCAGGAUGAUUUUUUUUUUUUUUUAAGUAUCAAAAAAAUGUUUUUUUUGUUGUUUUUUUUGGGGGGAGAAAAUGCUCUGCAAUACAACGUAAAUCAGAAGAAUGGAUGGAUGAAUAGAGUGAUUGGUUGAUUGAUUGGUUGCCUCCUUUACAGCAGCUCCCACUGUGUAAUCUACUGUAUAAAAUGAAUAAAAAAAGGGGGUGGGUUUUUUUUUUUUUUUUUCUGUUAUUUUGGGGCGGGGCAGUAGCUCUAUUAUUAUUAUUAUUAUUAUUAUUCUAUUAUAAUUUUUGUUUGUUAAUAGGAAUGGAUUGGGAUUUCUGAGCUAGCUUUCCUCUUUAUUUAAUAUAAGGUUUGUUGGCGCAUUACUGGUUUUUGAUGCAUUACUCAACUCGAUUCGCAGGUCAAUUCAAUCCCAAACUCUGUUUGUAAAAAGAUGUAUUUAUAUAUGUUAUGAACUCUACUUUGUUUUUUGUUGUUUUGGUUGGUUUUUCCUCGAUUUUCUACUCUUUCUACGCUGUCGAUAGAUAGGAAUGAGUUCCGGCAGUUUCCGUUUCAAAAACGGAAAUGAAAAAUCAAUGCACUUAAAGGACAUUUACCCUGGUGUAUAGUGGAUCCAUUAGCCGAGCAGGGAAAGGGCAUUUUUUCCCAGAAUGCCUGAGUUUAUAGAGGAAAAGUGCCUGGUCUGAAGAGUACAGUCACUUCCACCUAUUGCUUAGUUUCUUCAUUAAAGCCGAUUGUGUUGAAUCUUUGGAA